AUGGCGGUGGCAUUGUCAAGAUCUGGGAUUAUGAUCGCGGUCUGUCUCAGCACACUUGACACCGAUGCCAAGUACUCUGGGUUGAUCGCCUUGUCACCGGAUGGCAAUCUACUAGCAUCCGGGUAUUGUGGUAUCAGGAUCUGGGACAUCCAUCGUGGUGAAUGUCUUAAGACGCUGGGGGGAUGUAUUGGCUCUAUUAAUGCAAUCGGAUUCACCUCCAAUGGCCAGAUCAUCACUGCCGAGACUCUCGGUAUCAUGAUCUGCGACGUGGAGAGUGGCAAGUGUCUGAGAACCUUUCGACGAUCUUACGAAACCUAUUCACUGGCUUUGUCCCUUGAUGGCCAUGUCGUAUCCAGCACUGGUGACGGCCGCAUCGAAAUCUGGAACCCUGAAGGGGAUGGUGCUCCCAAGAUGCUUCUAGGCCAUACCGUUAAAGCCAUUUCCAUUGCUCUUUCAUCUAUCGGCAACAUCAUAUCCGGAUCCGAGGACUAUACCGAUAGUGAAGAGGAGGAUGAAAAAAGAAAUGACCAGACUGGGGCUCGAUCCCAGGACCUUAUCGGUGUUAACGAUACGUGA